AUGAACAUUGUGGGAAAGCUCAGUUUAAUGAUACCGUGGAGUAUAUUCUUGCUUCAUUCACUGCUGUCCUCUUUGCAAGGAUCUUAUUGCAAGCUUUCUCUUUUGAGAAGAACUUCAAGAAAUGAGUUUAAUGCAACUCGACAGAAAAGAGAUCUCGUAACAGCCGAGAUUCAAGCUGCCUCUCCUCGGUUGCACCUUCAUGGGGCCUUGACGCGGAGUCCACCAGGAGGUUCAUGUCCUCAGGAGUGCCUUAACGGAGCAGCCUGCACAGAGGCAGGUGACUGUGACUGUCAGUUAUUUCAGGCUCAAGGAAGGAGGUGCCAAAUUGUACCUAACACUGGUAAGGACCGAGAUGGGAUUUGCAAAUCAUGGGGACAGUAUCAUUUUGAAACAUUUGAUGGCAUCUACUACUACUUCCCAGGAAAUUGCUCCUAUAUUUUUGCAAAAGACUGCAGUACUCCAGAACCCCAGUACACUGUUUGGGUUCAUAACAGUCCUCACUGUUACGGUUCGGUAUAUACUUGUCAGAGGUCCAUCAGCUUAUUUUUUUCAAACCAAGAAGAAAUAAUUAUUUCAGGACAUGAAGUAAGAAAAGAUGGGACCAGAUUAAUGUUGCCUCAGACAGUUGGAAAUGCUUUCCUUGAGAGACUGGCUGACUAUAUUCUGGUGAAGACUACCUUUGGUUUUUCUCUUGCUUGGGAUGGAAACUCUGGUAUUUAUAUUAAGCUGACAGAAGAUCAUAAAGGAAAACCUUGUGGCCUCUGUGGAAAUUUUAAUGGCAAUAAAUAUGAUGACCUGAUACUGCAAAACGAAUAUACAGAAGACAUUGCUGAAUUUGCAAAUAGCUGGGCUGUGCAAACCUCAGAUGACAUAGCUUGUGUACCUACUGCCUCAGAUUUUUCCAGUCCUUGCUCAGCUGAUACAGAAUCCACUGAGGACAUAUUCUUGAAGUGCCAAAUAUUCCUACAGUUUCCUUUUCUCAGCUGUCAUGAAAGCAUUGAUCCGUAUUCUUAUAUUUCUAGCUGUAUGAAUGAUCUUUGCAGAGUGGAUGAUGAUGAAACAUACUGCAGGGCGGUGACAGAGUAUGCUAGAGCAUGCUCUCACGCUGGGUCCCCGGUGCGGGACUGGAGGGAUGACUUUCCUGCCUGUACUGAGAAGUGUGAAGACAGCUUUGUACACCGUGACUGUAUCAGUUGCUGUCCACCAACCUGCACAUUUGAAAAAGAUUGUCUUGGCAGCAACCUACAUUGCUUAGAUGGCUGUUACUGUCCAGAUGGUCUCAUUAUGGAAAAUGGAACUUGUAUUUCUGUGUCGAAUUGUCCUUGUAUUUAUCAUGGAACUGCCUUCCCUGUAGGCUCAAAAAUUGAACAAGAAUGUAGCAACUGUAUUUGUAUUGGUGGCAUUUGGAACUGCACUGAUCAUGAUUGCCCAGCUGAGUGCUCCAUCACAGGUAGCUCUCAUUUCACAACAUUUGAUGGACGUCAUUUUACCUUUCUUGGGAUUUGCCAGUACAUUCUGGUAAAAGGCACCGGGAAAAACAAAUUCACAAUCACUUUACAGAAAGCACCUUGUGGACAGAACUUUGACCACGCCUGCAUUGAGUCUAUAACACUAGUUCCUGAAGAUGAUGUGAGCAAACAAGUAACUCUCACGAGACAUGGUCAAGUCCAAACUGGCGCUAACCAAGUUUUUAACCUUAAUGGGGCUAUUGAAAUUCAGAAUAUAUCUUCUUUCUUUGUUCAACUGAAAACUAGUUUUGGUUUGAAGAUACUGUUUGCUAAAGAUGGAGAGAGGAUCUAUGUUCAAGUUGAUGUCGGCUGGAAGAGAAGAACGUUAGGACUAUGUGGAACGUACAAUGGGAAUUUAAGAGAUGAUUUUCUUUCUCCAGCAGGGAUGAUAGAAGGGACCCCACAACUGCAUGCCAAUGCAUGGAAGGUUUCCUCAGCUUGUUCUGUGCCUAUCAAUAUUCCUGUGGUUGAUCCCUGCAAUGUUAAUCAGCAAAACGCUGGGUAUGCAUCUCACUGUGAUAUCAUCAAUCAAGAAGUUUUUGCUCCCUGCCACGCCUACAUCAGUCCAGGAUUAUACUACCAGCUAUGCCGCUUUGACGCGUGCAAAUGCGGAAGCGGCUGUUUGUGUAAUGCUUUGGCACACUAUGCUUACGCCUGUGGCAAGCAUGGGGUUGUUGUUGACUUCAGAUCUCAUAUUUCUUACUGUGCUGUGAUGUGUCACAGUGGUAUGCUUUAUCAUCAGUGCUCUUCUUUUUGUAAACACUCCUGUGCUUCACUUUCUAUGGCAAAUAUCUGUGGUGAUGACUGUGCAGAAGGAUGUAAUUGUCCUGACGGGAAAUAUUUUGAAGAGUCGGUCAACUUUUGUGUAUCAAUAUCUGCCUGUCAUUGUCAUUAUAAGGGCAAAGCCCUCCAGCCUGGAGAAAUCCUUCCUACGCCAACAGGGUCCUGUCAGUGUUUGAAUGGAACAGUGAAAUGUAUUGAAGCCACUACAGAAAAUACAGUUCACAUAUGCCCUGAAGGAAAAAUCUACUAUGACUGCAGAUCUCCUGUGCCUGGAUUACCACCAGCGGGUGUGAAUUGCGGGAUCUCUUGUGCGAACCUUGCCAUGAACUUCUCCUGUGUCCCCUCACCACCCUGUGCAAGUGGCUGCACUUGCCCCCCUGGGAUGGCUGAGCAUAGAGGGAAAUGUUAUAUUCCUGACAGUUGUCCAUGCACCUGGAAAGACAGGGAAUUUCUGUCAGGAGAAGUGAUAGCUACACCAUGUUACACCUGUGUUUGUCGGAGAGGGAUAUUCAAUUGCACUAGUUACCCCUGUCCUGCUGUAUGCACUAUUUAUGGAGAUCGACAUUAUUAUACCUUUGACGGAUUGGAGUAUGAUUAUGUCAGUGACUGCCAAGCUUACCUGCUAAAGAGCACAGAUAACUCAAAUAUAUCUAUAAUUGCUCAGAACAAAAAGUGCUUUGACAAUGAUAUUGUUUGCUCGAAGAAUGUUUUCAUCACUGUUGGAGACACUGAGAUUUAUUUUAGUGAACUUUCUGGGAAGCAGGAAAAAUCUUAUUUUUUCAUUGAAAACAAAUCUAACUAUCAGCUUUGGAAGGCUGGAUAUUAUACUGUGAUACACUUUCCAGAACAGGACAUUACAAUUCUGUGGGAUAAGAAGACAAUGAUGCAUGUUAAAGUUGGACCUCGAUGGAAGGGUAAACUGGCAGGUUUGUGUGGAAAUUUUGACAAAUAUACUUCAAAUGAUCUAACUACAUCAAACAACAUGGAGGUGAGAAAUGCACAGGUGUUUGGAGACAGCUGGGUAUUAGGACAGUGCAAAAGCCCAAAUGAAACACUAAGACCAUGUGAGAUACAUCAGAGCAAGUUCCCUUAUGCCAAAAAGGAAUGCUCAAUUUUAUACAGUGAUGUUUUUGCACCUUGUCGCAAUGUGAUUGAUGUGACUUCUUUUGUCAAAAAUUGUCACACAGAUACGUGCAACUGCAAUCUUGGUGGGGACUGCGAGUGCUUGUGUACCAGUAUUGCAGCUUAUGCCCACAAAUGCUGCCAGCAAGGAGCAGCGAUUCAUUGGCGAUCUCCUUCGCUCUGUGCUUAUGACUGUGAAUAUUACAAUCAAGGUCUUGGUGAAGGACCCUAUAUUUUGGCAAGUUAUGGAGAGAAUGACACAAUUAUAGGAGCUAACAUAUCCAGCAGAAGGAUAUUUCCCCUGCCUAGAACCGGAGCAUAUGGAAACGUAUUUUUCAGUUUCAUGAUCACUCCAGGUCUUUUCAAAGAUAAAGAUUUAUCUCUCUCUCUUGUUUCCCUUGAAUCUGCUGAAAGACCAAACUACUUUCUGUACGUACACGACAAUGAAACCGUUGGGUUGGAACAGUGGCAGGCAAGUGCCUCCUUUCGGAGACGAGCCACCUUCUUCCACCACCAGGGCCUCUGGAGUCCAGGGCUCAGCGCCUUUGAACUGCACAGUAAAAAAGGCUUUUUCAUCAUUCUCACCUCAUCUGGUGUUAAAGUGGCAAAGUACGAUGAUUCAGAAGAAUUCAAACGUUUGAGUAGCUUUAAUAUUGAAGAACUUGGUGCGUCUGUGCCUUAUAGAAGGAUGUGUGAAUGGCGAUAUGAAUCUUGUGCUAAUCCUUGUGUUAAAACAUGUAGUGAUCCUGAAGGAAUAGCAUGUAAAUUCCUUCCUCCGGUUGAAGGAUGCUUGCCAUACUGUCCCAAAAACAUGAUCCUUGAUGAGGUCACACUUAAGUGUGUUUAUCCGGAAGACUGCAUACCUGUGACAUCUACAGAAUCAGCAAUUGGAACAAAACCUUCACUACCUGUAUUUCUUCUAGGUUCACAGCUGACACUAAGCACUCUAUCCACUACACCAAUGAUCACGAACACGACAGGCAAUGAAUGUAAACCAAGAUACCUUGAACCUGUCGACAGAUGUAGCCAGUAUGUAUGUGUUAAUACGGGCUGGAUGUUGUACAACCUUUCAAGGAACUGCCCUAAGGAUGUGCAGAAGCCAGACUGUGGUUUUCGAGGAAUGCCAGUUCAAGUUAACACUGAUAGUUGUUGCCCAGAAUGGGAAUGUCCCUGUCAAUGUUCUGUACUGUCUGAACUGAGUGUUAUUACAUUUGAUGGAAACAACAUAGCCCUCUGUAAUAUGGCUUCCUACAUUUUAGUCAAGUUACCAGGAGAAAUUAUUGUUGCUCAUAUUGAAAAGUGUCCUGCUAAUCAGAGUGCAAAUUCAAUACGAAAACUAGUUCCCCCUGCAAGCACUUCAGGGCUCUGUUUUAAGAAAUUAAAUGUAACAACACGCACAUAUAAAUUACUUAUCAAUCGUUUAGCAAGAAAAGUAGUAGUGGAUUCUGUAAUUCAAUCAUUACCAUUUUCAAAAGAAGGACUGAGCAUUCAGGAUACUGGUGCAAUGUAUGUCGUUAAUACCCCAGCUGGUAUUAGCAUCAAGUGGGCUCACAUUACAGGCAUCAUAGAUAUACAGUAUGGAUUACACUCUAACACAUCGAUGAAGACAGAAGGACUUUGUGGGGUGUGCAAUGGAGACCCUACUGAUGACCUGAAAAUGCAAAACAGGACCAUAAUUACAAAUAUGGAGGAAAUUGAAGUGUUCAUUAAGAGUUGGGAAAUUGAGAAAUCACUUGAUGUAACAACCAGGAGGCCAGUAAGAAACUGUACUGAAGAUAACUGCACAUACUGUAUGGAACUGUUAAACAGAAGCAUUUUCAUCCCUUGUCACAAGAAAGUGUCACCACAGGAGUUUUGUGAGAAGAUGUGGAUCAACAGUACUUAUUUUUGGAAUUACGAGUGUGAUGCACUUUCUGCAUAUGUGGCUUUAUGCAACAAGCACAACAUCUGCAUUAAAUGGAGGACACCUGAUUACUGUUCAUUGAGUUGUCCUGAGGGCAAGGAAUACCAGCCUUGUGUGCAACCCUGUGAAGCCAAGACGUGCUUGAAUAAAUGGUUCUAUGAAGAUUCUCCCUGUUCCUAUUUAAGGGAAGACUGUGUGUGUAAAAAUGGCACUAUUCUGCAUAGAACAGACUCUGACCUCUGUAUACCAGAAGAAAAAUGUACAUGUACAGAUAACAAAGGACAACCCCGCUCUGCUGGGGAGAUCUGGAAUGGGUCCAUGAGAGGCUGUUGCAUGUACAACUGUUUAGAAAAUGGAAGCAUUGUUGCUGUAGAACCUGAAUGCAACGAAGAUCCACCACCAGUCUGUGAAAGAGAAGGGGAAGUUAUCGUCCAUGUCAUCGAAGAGAGAGCUUGCUGUCCAAAGAAAGUUUGUGAAUGUAACAUGUCAUUGUGUGAAGCCAUUAUUCCGACAUGCAAACCCAAUGAAAAAUUAGUGGUAGGCUACCACCCCUUGUCCUGCUGUCCACAGUACCGAUGUGAAUGUGAUCCUUCAGUUUGUUUCAAUGCUUCCCAGCUGGACUGCAGAGAAGACCAAUUUAUUGUUGAAGCAAAACAGGAAGAUCCCUGUUGUUUCUCUUAUCUCUGUGUUUGUGAAUCCUGUAUUGAGCCUGUUCCCUUGUGUAAUGAAGGGGAAAUUCUCACUGUAAACCUUAAUACCAUACAUUACUGUUGUCCUCAUUACUACUGCGUUUGUGACGAAAAUCUUUGUUCUGAGCCUCCUAUGAAUUGCACAGAUGACAUGACACUUGUGAAGGAAAAAAUACCUGGGCAGUGUUGUCCAGAAUGGCACUGUGAAUGUAGCUGUGAAAACGCUACUAUGCUGACCUGUAAAUUGGGAGAAGUUAAAAAAAUAGAUAGUAGCGUUUCCAGUGCUUGUGGAUGCACUCACUACAUUUGCGAGAAGGAUGAUGUGUGCGUGUUCCAAGAGGUCACAGUACUGAAUCCUGGACAGUCAGUGAUUCAGUACUUGGAUGGAGACCUUUGUUACACUGUACAGUGUUUACAAGAAAAAGAUCAGAACACAGGAUACAAUGCCAUGCAUUUUACAAUGGUGAACUGUUCCCAGCAAUGUGAAGCUCAUCAAAUAUAUAUUCCUCCCUCCAGUCACCAUACUUGUUGUGGUACCUGUCAAAACGUGUCCUGCUCUUUUCAUACUGAGAAUGGAACACUAAUUGUGUAUGAGGAAGGAAGCACCUGGAGCUCCAACUGCACCAACUACAAGUGUGCAAAGACUGCUGCGGGGGCUAUCAUACUAGGAUCAAGUGUUGUCUGCCCCCCUUUUAAUGACACUGAGUGUACAAAGAAUGGAGGAAUUGUGCAGACGUAUAACGAUGGCUGCUGCAAGACCUGCAAAAAGGAAGAAAGGAUUUGCCAGAAAAUGACAAUCAGGACAACCAUAAGAAAAAAUGACUGUAUAAGUCAAAGCCCGAUAAAUGUGGCUUCUUGUGAUGGAAAAUGCCCGUCUGCAACAAUUUUCAAUGUCAAUAUUGAUAGCCAUUUAAGAUUCUGUAAAUGUUGUCGAGAAAAUGGAACACGUAAUCUGACUGUGCCACUACGCUGCUCAGGAAAUGGCACUGAAAUUAUGUACGUCAUUCAAGAGCCUAUAGACUGCUCAUGCCAAUGGAACUGAACAUU